GCGACCAUAUUUUCACCUCAACUUACUGCAGUGGUUUCGAGUAGCUGAAGGCCUUUUAGCUUUGUAGCGCUAGACCAAGGUCACAUAUAGUCCAUCUGCUCGCAGGUCCACCAUGCCUCGAAUCUUGCGACAGCUCGUGCGGCUUUUAUCCCGUCCACCCACCCUACAAGCUUUACCAAGUCGCGCAGCAUCCCAUCUCAGAGCGUUUCAAGCAACAUUGCCAUUCUGUUCCCAAAUUCUCAACAACCAUAAUCCCCUUCUCUUUGGCCCAGCCCAACAUCGAAUCUCGUCUCCGAUAUUGGCCGCGGUACACCAAGUAAGGUUUGCUGCACGGGGCACUGAAUACCAACCGUCCCAACGGAAAAGAAAGAGAAAGCAUGGGUUCUUAGCUAGGAAGAGGAGCAUCACCGGACGGAGGAUUCUUGCACGGCGAAAAGCCAGAGGCCGCACGUUCUUGAGCCAUUGACGGGAUACGAUGGGACUCUUGGCAUUGUAUAUUUGUCCUAGAAUCAACCACCGGAAGACUAGGGGCUUGAGCUUAUGUCUGGCACCUGCGUGCUUUCUGCGCGACAUAUCUCAGACCGCACGCAAUCCUAUAUUCCUUCCUCCAAGUAAUAAACUACCAACGCUGUGCAAGCUGUUUGGCUAUAUAAUCAUAUACUGUUGGAUCCUCUC